AUGUGGCCAAAAUAACUCAAAAUACCGUGACUGAGCCCCUUUAAGAUUGCACUUAUGACUUGAAACCAUGUUUGAACUUGAACACAUGCGCGGAAUCAAACCCGAACCAAGAUUUUCUGGUUCUGUUUUGUUGAUUUUGUCCAGAGCGUUGGCCCUUUGGUCACUGCCGGCCGAAAGCGCCCUGGUUCUGACGAGAACAAAACCGCCCGUAAAGCUGCUUGCUUGCAUAAUCUCGAUACUACUUUUGACUGUAAUCCAUUCUGUGUGAUUCUAGUUUGAGAUGUGCCCUGAAGACGACCCAGAUCAUCCAAUCGUUGCAUCCUCUGCCACUGCUUGUCACUGCGUGGUCCUCAAGGCGGUCAAUAAGGCCAGAGGUAGGGAUGCUUCCAAUACUGGUUCGGGUCCAGAGUUUUUCGGUUUCUCUCAUCCAACCAUUCAGUACUUGAUUCAAAGCUUACCCGGGGCACGAAAAUGUACCAAGUACCAGUGGGUCAAGUUUGAAUUGCCUAAACCACAAAACAAACCAGGUAAAUCAACGACUACAGACCCAUCGGGUGUCGCUCAGGGGAUCCCCGCCGCUGUUGAUGAGGAUUCUAUUGCUAGCUUGGAGGAAGAAGAAGAACACUUGCCACCAGCGAUGCCGACACCUACUCCGACGCCGACGUUUCAUCCCUCGGCUCCGAUGGAUCACGAUGAAGAAAUGUUUAAAGAUACAGACAUGGGACCGCUGACUCUAGCAUCUACCUUCACUCCUAUGUCGUCUCCAGGCCUCUGCAGUCCUAGUCCCGACACACAGCUUGAUGGGUUAGAACACGAUAACGAAAUGGAUACCGGAAUGAAUCCGCUGAUGUCACCCACGCAAUCUGCCUUCCCGACAUCGCUUUCGGGCAUACCACUGUCUCCGACUGCCGCUGGACAAAGUUCGUUCGUAUUGCCGCCCACUUCGCCACUAUUCGGGAACAGCUCGGGUUUUCCGGGAACGGGGAUUCCGGACUCGCCUCCAAAAUAAAAUCGCAUGCGAUGCAUUUGUAAAGGAACUUCACUGGCGUUCUUGGGAUCUUGUUUGGACAUCCUCUGGUAUGUGCUAGUCGCCGUUUGUUGCGUCUUAAUCUUUACUGAAGACGUCUUAUUGUAGUGGAACAAUAUGGACUAGCAUUGCGAAUGUCUACGGUUAGCACUCAGGUUAUAAGGGGUAGGCAGGGAAGCCAGGACCCCCCGUGAUUUGCCGUGGAAUGGAGGUUCAACGAAACCGCGACUCUUGUCGUUUAAACUAUGAUGGCGGGAGACUUUCGACCUGGGAACCGAAAGCUGAAAAUUAUUGGAGCAAAAUAGUGAAACAGAAACUUUGUUUUGGUCAGGAUUCAGGGAGAAAUUGGCAAUCAAUGACAUGGUCGCUUCGUGACGUGUUCGUCGCUGGUUUAAACUGAAACGAACAGUUUUAAAGCAACUAGGUUAUGUUGAAGUCAUUCAGCAACAGACACAGCUUGCGUUCCUUGCAACUUUUGAGCGUUUUAUGGUCGAUGGACGUUAAGCUAACAGAAAAAAGCAAUUUCAGAUACCGGACAAAUGUUUCAUCUCGGUGUAGCUAAAACCCAGUGUUCUUUUCCACGUAAGAAUGUGCAAGAUGAAUACAAGAUGCAAAGUAUAUUUGAUAUGUCUAAAAUUUGAAACAGACAAGCAAAACAUAGUACACAUGCGUAUCUUUUGGUCUGACUGAAAGAACAUACACGAACUCUGGUAAAGUUCAACUUGUUAAUUCUGGAAUUACUUGUUGACAGUAUGAAAUCGGUUAUUAAAACAUUUUAUGUACGUUCUCAUGAAACGUCUUCUUGCUGCCAAAAAAACUGGCUUAUAAAGAACACCAGGAAUGAAUCGUUACUAUUCGUCGUGAAAUUGCUUCAAGUGCCAAAUUUGUUGUUUGGGUUUUCUUUUUGUAUUUGUUAAAAUCUUGAUUGGCAGAUUUAGACUGGGGACGUUUUGUGUAGGCAUACACCACCAACUAAUCAAGCUUAGCCUAUUGGGCAGCCGUCUUUGAUGUGAAUGGCGAGGGAAGACUGGGUGGAAACUCUCAAUUCUUGCCCUCUCCUCCCUGCUUUUCUUACCAUUCCCACUCUACCACAAUCGAAAUCAAAAUUGGCAUCUUUUAGUUGACUGUUUGCAAAUUUCUUUACUACCGACUGAAAUGUUGAUCAGACUGUUCUGACUGUAAGGUAAAGUUAAAUCCACAUACUAGCCAAGUAUCCCACCAGGCUGGAGCCUACCUCGGAUACUGUAGCAUGAAGCGACUACGAGUGUUUCUACUCCCCCCUGGAGGGGUUGCUAGUCCAUCGCAGGGUUACCCC